CAAUCAGAGCGCACGGCACGUAUUUUGAAUCUCCCCGAAAAGGAGACGUGUAUCGCUCGACGUGAAUGUUGUGUUUUCGUGACUAACUGGAGGAAAUACUGGCUUCGAUGCAUAAUUUUGUGGAUUUAUACAGCUUUCGGUGGGUUGUAUUCACACAACUACUACGUAUAUGGUGAACUCGUGUGUCUUUUUUAGCGUGUUUCACUCGAAGCUGUUGACAAGUAGUCCUGCUAGCUAGCGAGCUAGCUAGCUAGCUUGGGCGCUAGCUGUUUUGAGCGUUUCAUUAUCCGUCUAAUGACUGCAAGUUGUGCCGGCUAGCCUUUGGGGGUUCGAGUCAUGGAGAGAGAACGUAAGAAGUCUUAUGAGCGGCUUUUGGAGGACAUUAAGGAGAAGAGAAACAAACGUCUGGCCACGGCAGCGGCGCUCAGCAGAGGAAGAUGCCGCCGACUAGCCAAAAAUGGCGGGAUCAUCAGGAAUCACGCCAGCAUCCUGGAGAGGGCGCAACAGAACAACAAGGCGCUGGCCUUGGCGCUGCAGGCGGAGAAGGACAAGUUGAGGCAGGCCGGUGACGUCAUCCUGCAGCAGAAGCACGAGCUGCACAAACUCCUCAUCCACUUGGUGAUGCUCAGACGCCAGCUCCAGGAGCAGGAAGCAUCGGCAUCUUCUCCACAGGCCAAAGCCGCAGACCUGACCAUGGAGACCACGGAAGCCCACACGGUCUCGCCAAGAAGAAAGAGGAACAGCAAGACGGCGGUGUGUGAUGUCUCGCCACAUUGUGCUGACCCUGAGCAGCUUGCGGUCUUGCCGCCAACGGUGGCCGUGAGGCAGCGGCGUGCGAGACGAAGGAGUGGGCGGAGGUCUGAACGGGUGCAAGCGUGGCGGCCCCUUUGUGAGUCGGACUCGGCAGCAGCGCCUCCUAACGGUGAGGAUCCAAGGCAGGACGUCGACACUGCAGAUUCCCAUUCCGAUGUCCCGGAAUCAAAUGGGAAACUCCUGAGAAAGACGCAGCAGUCCGGCAGGAAGCGCCGCCGCCGAGAGCACCGCCCCAAACCGGAACCCUCCAAAGCCAAACCCCCAGAGAGAGGCCGCAAGCCGGACCGUCCCGCUUUGAAGAAGCCAUGGGAGAACCCCAAAUCCAGGACCCGCUCCAAGAGUCGGGAUCGUUCGGCCACGCGGUCAAAAGUGCCGGCGCCGCCGCCGUCGGCGAGCAACGCCAACACCUCGCUGGGUUUCAACGACACGUUUGACUUUGACUGCGAGGAGGCGGUCCACGUCACGCCCUUCAAGCCCAAGCCCGAAUACGCUCAGCCCACGCCCCUUAAGGGGGAAGCGGAAACGCACGAGGCCUCCCCCGCCGGGGCCGACACCGGUUCCGACGCCGGUUUCGACGCCACUUCCUCGCCGUCCUCCGAGUCCGAGGACAGCUUGUACGUCCCCAAGACCACCAGGAUGGGGCGCAGGUCUUCCCAGACCACAAAGACCAUCGCCACCCGAAGAGGGCGUCCAUCCAAAAAGGGCGGCAGCCCGUCGGCACCUGCGGAAUUUUUCCGUGAAGAACCUCUCAGACAGGAAGUCGACGAGGCGACCUUUCCUGCCGUCAGUCCUCUGCUCGAGGCCCAGAUGAUGACGUUUAACGUUCUGUCCGACUUUGGAGACUCCCCCUGUGACGCCACACCGCCGCCGCCCCAGCAGACGCCCCAACGAUCCAAGAAAUGUGUGCUCGGUGUAAGGACAGCAGGGCGGGGCUUGAGUCUGUGUGACGUCACCAAUAUGUCCUCCGCAGCCUACCGCAACGUGCGAUGCUCCACCCCCGUCCCGGCACGCAAGCGGCGCCGCACCAUGGUGGUGGACUACAAGGAGCCCUCCUUGCACGCGAAACUUCGCCGGGGAGACAAAUUCACAGACACGCAGUUCCUCAGCUCGCCGGUUUUCAAGCAGAAGAAGGAACGCAGGAUGUCGAGGACGUCACAGACGUUAGAGAAGUACAAGUCCUUUGUGGGAUGUCGCUGAUUUUACCCACCAGUUUUUUUUUUUAUUUUAACUAAUAUCCUUGUUACCGUGGCGAUAGCUCCGUCGUGAACGUG